AUGACGGAGAAGCGCAUGUCGCGGUGGUACUUCGGGGGACUGGCGUCGUGCGGGGCCGCCUGCUGCACGCACCCCCUGGAUCUGAUCAAGGUACAUCUGCAGACACAGCAGGAGGUGAAGAAGAGGAUGUUGGGGAUGGCCAUUCACGUGGUGAAGAAUGACGGGGUGCUGGCUCUCUACAAUGGCCUCUCUGCCUCCCUCUGUAGACAGAUGUCCUAUUCCCUCACCAGGUUUGCCAUCUAUGAGACAGUGAGGGACAUGAUGGGCAGCACAAGCCAGGGCCCAAUGCCGUUCUACCAGAAGGUCCUGCUGGGAGCCUUUGGUGGUUUCACUGGUGGAUUUGUUGGAACGCCAGCAGACAUGGUGAAUGUCAGGAUGCAGAAUGAUAUGAAACUACCACCUGAGCUGAGGAGGAACUACAAGCAUGCUGUCGAUGGGCUCUUCAGAGUCUCCAGAGAAGAGGGUGUGAGGCGACUGUUCUCAGGAGCCACCAUGGCCUCCAGCAGAGGAGCCAUGGUCACGGUUGGACAGUUGGCGUGUUACGACCAGGCCAAGCAGCUCGUGUUGGGAACGGGGAUGAUGGGAGAUAACAUGCUCACACACUUUCUUUCCAGCUUCAUUGCUGGAGGCUGUGCUACUUUCCUGUGUCAACCUCUGGAUGUGCUGAAGACGAGAUUGAUGAACUCAAAGGGAGAGUACGCGGGGGUGACACAUUGCUUACGUGAAACUGCUAAGCUGGGACCGUUAGCAUUCUACAAGGGUCUCGUCCCAGCAGGGAUCCGCUUGAUUCCCCACACAGUGCUGACCUUCAUCUUCCUGGAGCAGCUCAAGAAGAACUUUGGCAUUCGCAUCAUCUCCUGAGCACGCUCCGCAGGGUGGGGGUCACACCAUACGUGUGCUGAGGCUCCGCCUUUUGCUCUACCUCUUUCUCACAAAAAGACACUAAGGGAUUUUGAUGACGGCGAGCACCAGCGACUGGAAGGGAUGAAUACUGGAAAAAUGAGUCCUUCUCCUCGGAAGGUGCCGUCCUGGUGUUUUUCGAAAGGAGAUUAAAAUGAGCUCUAGAUGUUAAUGUAGUUGUCCAUUAUAAUUUCAAGUAGAGUUAUUUUGUGUCUGGAUGAGAUGAUUUGAGUCGGGGGGACCACAGUAAUUCCUCGACCUUGAUGAUGACAGACUAACUGCUGAUCAGAUUUUGUGAUUUAUGUUUUAAUCUCUGCUCUUAGUACUUUAAUCCAAAAUCGCGUACAGCGCCUUCAGAGCCCCCACCAGGGGAUUAACACUUGUAGACUCUGGCUUAAAAAGUUUGUGCCAGGAAUGAGGGUAUUUUAGGCGGUUCUCAGACAUGAACUACGCCAAAUGUCUGGGAAAUUGGGUCCAAACAUUUUCUAGAGUGUGCCUCUUUUUUGUACAGCACAUCAACAUCGGCGCCGGCCCUCAUCACCAAAAGCUAUUGAAUCGUUCUUUCCAGCUUGACAUCUUCGUUGGCCUCUUAUGACGUAUAAGACACAUCUUUUUCAUUCUGAGAUAUUUGUGCUCGUCCAGUUUUGCGUCUGUCGCAUGUUCAAAACCUCAUCAACACUCACAACUCUCUCGCUGUGAACAUUUUUCAGUUGUAUUCUCACAUCGGCUCACCCAGACAUUUUCCGUUUUGAUAGAAUGUCUGGAGCAACUGACUCAGACAUUUGCGUUCCCACAUGCAGCCUUCAGUGCGUGUCUGAAAACAGCUUUAUCGUCCUCUACAACACUUUAUUGUUUUCAUUUGAGGCCAAGACAUUGUGUGUGAUUUACUUGUGAAGUUGUAAACACAGUGUAGCUUUGACAUCAGUGCUGUUCUUACCAAACUAUAAUAAUUCCCAAAAGCCAUUAGUGAAACAUGACUGAUCAAGCUAUUGUGGAACUACAUAGUAAUCAUUCCCAACAGUGGUGACCAAAUGUGACGCACCCUGGAUUUUACAGAUUUAUUUUUUUGCCUUCUCCUCACCUAACUAUUAUUUUUAAAAAAAUCAGAUUCUCCUUUACUUCAUUCCUUUAUUCAACCGCUGCUAUGAUUUCACUCUUAAAUCUUUGAGAGGAGAGGAGAGGACCAAGCUUGUUUGUGUCGAGUCUUUAAGUGAGGAGGGAGUUAGGGGUGAAACUGUGAAGCAGAAUGUUGAGGGUACAUUUUCCAGUGGCUCUUUAAAGUUUUAGAUUCCGCAGUGAAAUUGUAAAUGACCACUUGAUAUCUUUUAAAGUUCUUAUACUGUUUGAAUGGAGAUGCCUGUAGAGAACUGCAGUACACUACAUGUGUACAUGUAGCAUUUUCAUCUGUUAUGUCACUGUUUCAUCUAGAUGAACAUGUCAGACUUUAUGACUCAGGAUGCUACUCUCUUUUUAAAGGCACUUUAAUGAAAAUCUCUGUAAUCCUACUGACUAAUCUGCUGCAUAGCAACACCUAUAGACUUACAUUUUAGUUUUUUUUUUUUUUUAAUUUAACAUGUUAGUGGUUCCAGUUGAGGACGUUUUGUGGCUCUUGACUUUAUUUUCCAUGAUGACUUUGACUCUGGUUCAGUGACAUUAGGCAUUUUCUGUGCUGUGCCUGCUCUGUUCACAGAGACCAUGUCAAGUAACGUUGCCUUACAGUAUGUGUCCUGCAGGGGGCAGUUGAGUAAUGUGUAAAGUUUCCCAUCUUAUGCAGUCUAACCUUAACCUUCAUUCUAGGAUACAUUACAAAAGAGCCACAAUGCCACUAGAUGACUGUUUGCCUGCAUGUUCUUGUGUCGAAUGAUCUGUUCCUUUAUAGUGCGAGGUGUUCGACUGUAGAUGAGCCAUAAUGCUGCGAAUGUUAACCCCAGCUUUAUUCAUAUGCAUAAAAAUGGAACUGGAGGGAGCCAUAGUUCUGGGUGUUGGAAUUAGCAUUUUCUAGAUUAGAAACUAAGAAUUUGGGAAUUAAAAUACUAAUGGGAAAUAA